CCGCGCGGCCCUGUGUGUGCCCGGUGCCGGCGUGUGCGGCGCCCUGCCCGUGUGGCCAUCGGGUGUGCGCGGGGUGUCGAGCCCGGCCGGCGUGUCCGGCUGUGCGCGCGUGUCCCCCCGAGCGGCCGCCUCUCCGGCUGUGUGUCUGGGCGCUGUCGCGCGCCCAUCGGAGGGGCUGUGUGCAGGUGCUGGCCCAGGCCCUGACUCCCUGAAGAGAGGUGAGUAGAGCCGUAAGGCUUCAGAGAGAGAGAGACAUGUGGGGUGAUGGGGCUUGCUGUCAGCCAGCUGGGGGUCUGGAACCCUGCCUCACAUGGAUUUCAGCUCGGGGGAUGACAGUUUCCUGAAGGACCAGAUGCCUACCACUCUGUCCAAGGCUGGGGAGUGGUGACAAGAUGAAGAAACCGAGAAUCAGAGAGGUUCAGAUACUUGCUGGAGGUCACACAGCUAGUCUCACCUCCCACCCCUCCUGCCUUCCCACUGCACCAUGGCGCCGGGACCCUUCUCCUCGGCCCUCCUCUCGCCGCCGCCCGCUGCCCUGCCCUUUCUGCUGCUGCUCUGGGCGGGGGCAUCUCGUGGCCAGCCCUGCCCCGGCCGCUGCAUCUGCCAGAACGUGGCACCCACACUGACAAUGCUGUGCGCCAAGACCGGCUUGCUCUUUGUGCCGCCCGCCAUCGACCGGCGCGUGGUGGAGCUGCGGCUCACCGACAACUUCAUCGCGGCCGUGCGCCGCCGAGACUUCGCCAACAUGACCAGCCUGGUGCACCUCACUCUCUCCCGGAACACCAUCGGCCAGGUGGCAGCUGGCGCCUUCGCCGACCUGCGUGCCCUCCGGGCCCUGCACCUGGACAGCAACCGCCUGGCGGAGGUGCGCGGCGACCAGCUCCGCGGCCUGGGCAACCUCCGCCACCUGAUCCUUGGAAACAACCAGAUCCGCCGGGUGGAGUCGGCGGCCUUUGACGCCUUCCUGUCCACCGUGGAGGACCUGGAUCUGUCCUACAACAACCUGGAGGCCCUGCCGUGGGAGGCGGUGGGCCAGAUGGUGAACCUAAACACCCUCACGCUGGACCACAACCUCAUCGACCACAUCGCGGAGGGGACCUUCGUGCAGCUUCACAAGCUGGUCCGUCUGGACAUGACCUCCAACCGCCUGCAUAAACUCCCGCCCGACGGGCUCUUCCUGAGGUCGCAGGGCACCGGCCCCAAGCCGCCCACCCCGCUGACCGUCAGCUUCGGCGGCAACCCCCUGCACUGCAACUGCGAGCUGCUCUGGCUGCGGCGGCUGACCCGGGAGGACGACUUAGAGACCUGCGCCACGCCCGAACACCUCACCGACCGCUACUUCUGGUCCAUCCCCGAGGAGGAGUUCCUGUGUGAGCCCCCGCUGAUCACACGGCAGGCGGGGGGCCGGGCCCUGGUGGUGGAAGGCCAGGCAGUGAGCCUGCGCUGCCGAGCGGUGGGUGACCCCGAGCCGGUGGUGCACUGGGUGGCACCUGAUGGGCGGCUGCUGGGGAACUCCAGCCGGACCCGGGUCCGGGGGGACGGGACGCUGGAUGUGACCAUCACCACUUUGAGGGACAGUGGCACCUUCACUUGUAUUGCCUCCAAUGCCGCUGGGGAAGCGACGGCGCCCGUGGAGGUGUGCGUGGUACCUCUGCCUCUGAUGGCACCCCCGCCGGCUGCCCCGCCGCCUCUCACCGAGCCCGGCUCCUCUGACAUCGCCACGCCGGGCAGACCAGGUGCCAACGAUUCUGCGGCUGAGCGUCGGCUCGUGGCAGCCGAGCUCACCUCGAACUCCGUGCUCAUCCGCUGGCCAGCCCAGAGGCCUGUGCCCGGAAUACGCAUGUACCAGGUUCAGUACAACAGUUCCGUUGAUGACUCCCUCGUCUACAGGAUGAUCCCGUCCACCAGUCAGACCUUCCUGGUGAAUGACCUGGCGGCGGGCCGUGCCUACGACUUGUGCGUGCUGGCGGUCUACGACGACGGGGCCACCGCGCUGCCGGCAACGCGAGUGGUGGGCUGUGUGCAGUUCACCACCGCCGGGGAUCCGGCGCCCUGCCGCCCACUGAGGGCCCAUUUCUUGGGCGGCACCAUGAUCAUCGCCAUCGGGGGCGUCAUCGUCGCCUCGGUCCUCGUCUUCAUCGUUCUGCUCAUGAUCCGCUACAAGGUGUACGGCGACGGGGACAGCCGCCGCGUCAAAGGCUCCAGGUCGCCCCCGCGGGUCAGCCACGUGUGCUCGCAGACCAACGGCUCAGGCACAGGCACGGCGCAGGCCCUGGCCCUGCCGGCCCAGGACCGCUACGAGGCGCUGCGCGAGGUGGAGUCCCAGGCUGCCCCCGCCGUCGCCGUCGAGGCCAAGGCCAUGGCGGCCGAGACGGCAUCCGCGGAGCCGGAGGCGGUCCUUGGACAUUCUCUUGGCGGCUCGGCCACCUCGUUGUGCCUGCUGCCAUCCGAGGAAACUUCCGGGGAGGAGUCUCGGGCCGCGGUGGGCCCUCGAAGGAGCCGAUCCGGCGCCCUGGAGCCACCAACUUCGGCGCCCCCUACUCUAGCUCUGGUUCCUGGGGGAGCCGCGGCCCGGCCGAGGCCGCAGCAGCGCUAUUCGUUCGACGGGGACUACGGGGCACUAUUCCAGAGCCACAGUUACCCGCGCCGCGCCCGGCGGACAAAGCGCCACCGGUCCACGCCGCACCUGGACGGGGCUGGAGGGGGCGCGGCCGGGGAGGAUGGAGACCUGGGGCUGGGUUCCGCCAGGGCGCGCCUGGCCUUCACCAGCACCGAGUGGAUGCUGGAGAGUACCGUGUGAGCGGCGGGCGGGCGCCGGGACGCCUGGGUGCGGCAGACCAAACGCCCAGCCGCAAGGACGCUGGGGCGGGACUGGCAGAAAGCGCAGCGGCAAGACAUUGGACCGGAGUGGAGAAGCGCCCUUGUCCCCGGGAGGGGGCGGGGCAGCUUCGGGCUUAGGCUCGAGGCCACGCCCCCGUGCCCAGGGUGGGGUUCGGGGACCGGCUGCCGGCCUCCCUUCCCCUACGGACUCCUCGACCCCCCUCCUACCCCUCCCCCCGCGCGCUCGCGGACCUCGCUGGAGCCGGUGCCUUACACAGCGAAGCGCGGGGAGGGGCAGGGCCCCCCCGAUACUGCAGCACUGAGACACGAGCCCCCUCCCCCAGCCCGUCACCCGGGGCCGGGGCGAGGGGCCUAUUUCUUGUAUCUGGCUGGACUAGAUCCUAUUCUGUCCCGCGGCGGCCUCCAAAGCCUCCCACCCUACCCCAAGCACAUUCCUGGUCCGGUCGGGUCUGGCUUGGGGUCCCCCUUUCUCUGUUUCCCUCGUUUGUCUCUAUCCCGCCCUCUUGUCGUCUCUCUGUAGUGCCUGUCUUUCCCUAUUUGCCUCUCCUUUCUCUCUGUCCUGUCGUCUCUUCUCCCUGGGCCCUCCCUGGUUUUGUCUAGUCUCCCUGUCUCUCCUGAUUUCUUCUCUUUACUCAUUCUCCCGGGCAGGUCCCACUGGAAGGACCAGACUCUCCCAAAUAAAUCCCCACAUGAACAAAAUUCAAAACCAAAUCCCCCUCCCUACCGGAGCCGGGACCCUCCGCCGCAGCAGAAUUAAACUUUUUUCUGUGUCU